GAAAACAAAUGGAAAUCGAUUCACUUUGAAAAAAUUUAUUCUUAUCACUAAAUUAACGCCAUCUAGCGAUAAUUUUGUAAUUUUAUGUUGAUAAAUAUUUGUGUCAAAAUUUUCAAAUAUACUACAAUUUAUCUUUACAUGACAUAUAAUUGAUUUUUAAUUCGAAAUUUGGUUUCUCGGACUACAAAUAAUGUCAAAAACAAUUGUCAUGAAAAAAACUCGUUUCAAAAUAAUAAUUCAAUCUAUCCAAUAAGUGUACACCAUCUACCGAUAGCUUUAAAAACAACUUUCAAACAUAUAACUAUAUUUCAUUUAAAAUUAAGCUUAAGAUUUACCAACACUGUUGAGUCAAAUCGAACUCAUGAAAAACUACAUUGUGUAAUUAGUUUUUGAAGUUAAGUUUGAAGUUCCAUCACCAAUAUAUAUUUCAAUCACAAAAAUACAACAGUAACGACACAUUGGACAUAAAUUUUUAAACAAAUAAAGACAUAUUAACAAUAACAGAAUCAUUACAUUGGUCAAUCUAAACAAAUAAUAAUACAUUCAUUUUCUUCCAUUCAUUAGUUACCCAAACCAGCAACAACAAAUCCAACUCCGAGCGUCACACAGCAUCCACUACAAGAAGAACAAGAAACAAAUCAGCACACCAGCACUACACUCAACACGAAACAACAUGACCAAAAAGAAAAGAAAAAAGAAUAUCAACGCAGAUAUUUAGCAAAAGUAAAAAUACAAAAACAAGGAGCCGUUCAUUAUAACGCUCAACAAGAGCUGCUCUCCACACACAUGAAGCAUGCUCCUUCCGUUGAGCAAAUGGAAAAUGCAGAAUCAAAUAUCGUGGCAGCCCUGAUGAAUCUCGUAACCAACACUGGACUCGGCCGCUUUCCUGAAAUCACCACGUUAAUGGACAACUGGCAAGCUGCUGCCAAUCUGGAUCCAAACGCACCUCGUCCAACCAUAAUUUCCAACAUCAUCAACGAAGUAAACCAAAACGUCACCGAAGACGACAUGAGUCGCAUCGUCGAAGAGUUCUUGCAAUCAUGGAACAUCGAAGCUAAACUAUUUGCUUGCGCCAGCUGUGGAAUGAAAGCUUUCGAAAUGGGAACUGAUCAAGCACAUUCCAUACCCAUCGAUCAACUGAGCAGUUUACUUAUGUCCGAUACCGACAUAGAGGAAUUACUCAGCAUCCCAUUGAAAUUCAGACCCAUGGUUAGUUACUACCAAUCAACAAGCAACAAUCAUUAUUACUACCUGCACCGUGAGUUCGUCACAAGCCAAGCAGCAGCUUCAUCCGACGGACAGGAUACAGAACACGCUACCCUGUGUUUACCAUGCUACGAAACAGCAAUUCACAGUAGAAAAAUCCCCAUCUUAUCUCUCGCAGCAGGUGUCGAUUUCGGAAACGCCGAUCGCAUUUUUUUGCCAACCCUGACAUUGGCUGAAGAAUACGUGAUUGCUACUGCAAGAUUGUUCGUCUUAAUCAUUAAACUAUCCGGUUACCAACACGGAGAACGCCAGAGUGGCAAACUGGGACACGCAAUAGUCUUUCCCCAAUACGGGCCGCAGCUCGAAACAGAAAUUCGCAAAGCUCGCAUUCAACGACACACGGGGACCUUCCCAUGCUUAGACAAUAUUUACGACACGAUAAGCAUCGCUUUCGUAGGGUCAGAUUUACAGUGGGCGGCAAUGGCGGUUAACAAGUCACAUCGCGCAUUUAAACCCAUUCGUGUUCGCUCCGCCAUCAUCUACAUGUGGUUGGCGGCUUUAAAAGCUUGCAAUUCAAGAUACCGAGACAUCACCAUCGACGACUCGGAAGAGAUGACCGCCACUCUGGAAAGCAUCUCAAAUCAAUUAAUCCAAAAAGCUACGGUUGUUGGCGAUAAAUGCGAAAUCGAAAUCGAUCGACUCGUUCAUGAACAAAUUCCACAGCCUGUGAACGAAGACGACCAGGACAAACUCAUCGAGGAGAAUCCAACUGGCUACCCGAUGUCCUUCCUGACAAGAUCCGGUGACCCGAAAACAAACAACACUUCGGCGACAGCCAUAGCAUUUCAAAGUAUCGCCGCGUCCAUAGGAGAAUCAAACAACCCUCAAGGUGAGCAAGCUACCGCGCAAGAAAUUCCCAACGAUUCCCCUCCGGAAGAAGUAUUAGAAGCAGAGCCAAACUGCAUCGACAUCGAACAAAGUGCAGAACCUAUCAACGAAUUCGAAGAAAACCAUCAUCUUCUUUAUUCGGCGUUCCCUCACCUCUUUCCUUUGGGAAAAGGACUUAGAAGAACGAACAGCGUACCCCAAAAAGAUGUCUACCACAUGGAGAAUCAAUGGAGUGGCAAGUUUGCCAAAUGCUUGCGUUUUCAGUUUCUACUGUUUGAUCAAAUGCAACGACACUCUGCAGCCCGAGCCGUCAAAGCCAGCGUACUUUCAAACACGGUGUCCAUGACAAAAUUCAGCGAGAUGAUUGCAAACCCAGCAUUCAUCGGGCAACUGGAACACGCCAAAAACCAUCCCAACACGACCGAAGCCAAAGCUCUUCUGGCCAAAAUGACACCACACAUCUCUUUGGUCAACCGCAAAGUUCCGUACAGCGCGGCAGAAAGAAAAGCGGCCGUCGGACAUCUGAUGAAUAUGGUGCGCUACUACGGGCCACCCACCAUUUUCAACACCAUCUCCCAAGACGACAUCCACGGAUUGCUCAAUAUUCGUUUAACUUUAAACAUGAAAAACAAUGCCACUUUCCCAGCUACUGAAAACGGAUUCGCCGAAGCCCUCCGCCAACAACAAACCGAGUUUCACUCAAUCCCCAUUCAUCCGUCCGCUCUCAGAAUCCUUCUGGCCGAAGGACCGGCAUUUGCGGCAAAUAUGUACUACAAGACGUCCAACAGCGUCUUUAGCCACCUUUUCGGAACACCUCCAGACAGUGCGAGCAAAAAGAAGACUGUACCGCUUGCCCAUCGCAAAGCGGGCAUUUUUGGAACACCGAUUGCCGCUUUCGGAUGCACAGAAGAGCAGAGCCGUGGAUCACUCCACAUGCACAGCCUCUUUUGGGGAGGACUCACUCCGUCGAUGCUGCAAGCAGUUGGGGGAAUCCCAAUUCUAGCAAGACACAUCGCCAGCGCCAUCAAUCGUACCGUCAUGGCUCAACUUCAACCGGAGAUUCACGUCCGUCAUCUCCUGCGUGAUCUCCACAACGAAUCUCCGGCUCACGCAGCCCUAUUCAAAUGCAACAACCCCGUCACCGAAAAGAGGAAAUUCAUCCAAGAUUUCCAACGCACCGUGGACUUGAGCAACGUGCACGUUCACGGCCCGUCGUGCUACCACACCAGAACGGGUGAAGUGUGUUGCCGAUUCGGCAAGCCAACGCACUUGAGAGAGGAAACGGGUGUCGAACAAAUCGUGGCAAUCAAAGCCGACCCCAAGAAGCCAGACAUUUCUUUCGAGGUCUUGUCCGCCAUUCAACCACCAGCCGAAGCCACCACCACCAAGCGAAAUUAUUGCAACAUUCCAGUAGCAAUACGUGACAACCGAAUGAUCAUGUAUUACUUAAAACGGCCCGCCAUCGCGCCCAUCGCUUCGGAUUCCACGCCACCCACCGAUCCUCCAACCGCCACGCUAACACUUCCUGCAGACCUGCAACAGCAGUUCGACACCCUGACCACGGAACAGCAAGAAAAAGUCAAUCGAGCUCUGAUCGCGAGGAACGGACUGGUGGUAGAUUACAGUCCCGUUCAAUCAGCGGUCGUUGGAUGCAACACUAACGCCAGUCUACUUGGAAGCGACGCUCAAACCAAAGCCGCCCUCUGCUACGUUUUGAAAUACGUCACUAAACCACCGGCCGAAUUAGCUCACACGCUGUCUCUUCUCCACCACGCACGACGAACCAUCGAACUCCAUCCCUCCAAAGCGGCAGAUACCGGAACCGUCAUUCGCACUGGGAUGCACUACCUCAACCGAAUCGUCAAUCAACUAAGUGGAGCCAUCGAAAUAUCGGCUCCCAUGGCAGCUGUAGCCAUUCAAGGAAUGCCAGCCGAAUUGUGCUCCGACACUUUCUGGGUGGCUUACGUCACAGCCGCCAUAGCAUACGCUAAACACCACCGCGAGACCUCGCCCACCAGCACGGGAGACAACCUCAACGAAUUCGACGAUGUAGACACCAACGAUUCAGCCAUGGAAGAAGAGAACGACGAAAUCAACAGCGACGAAGACAUCAUCAGCGAUGACGAAGAAAGCAGCACCAACAUCGAAGAGAUCAACGAUUUAAAUCAUCAUUCUGAUCACGAAGACACCGUAGUGAUUCACAACGUGGAUGACGAUCUCACGCAGGACGAGUUUUUCAACCAAACCGAACCAUUGGUCCUCUCCCCCGAAGACAAGAAUCGACUCGCGACCCAAUCCGAAGAAAACAUCGUAUCAACAGCAAAUAUUUACGUCAGCGACAAGAAAAUAGUCGCCGUUCCGCAACAUAUACACUACGCCUACCGAGGUGAAGAAUUGCAUUUGUUGAGUCUAUACGAGUACGUAGCUCUCAUUGACGUCAUUCCAAAACACUGGAAGAAGCAACCAACGGAUCAAAACAACGAGGAACCGGACACAGGAGGGCGAGCAGUGAAUGCGACGUUCGAAUUCCUGAUAGGCCAUCCCCUUCACGAGACUCACGUCCAAAGGAUCCGAUCGAAAACAAAAAUUCCUGUUUUAGUAGGACCACCACCAGCUCCUCCAACAGCAAAACCCAGACAACGCACCGCCGCGUGGACGUCACAAGCACGGAAAUUCGCCGAUUAUAUCCUAACGCUGUACCGCCCUUGGCAAGUUGAAACCGCCGAUAAAAGUACCCUACCGGGAUCAACUUUUUGGAACGAUCUGUGCCAGUACAUGCACAUCCUGGAACACGGACACAAUCAAGAAGGUCCGUCGUUCCUUAAUCGCAUUCGUUCAAAAUGGAUCACCAACGCAGCCCACGGACUGCGCAUUUCCGGCGAAGAUAGAACAGCGGCCAGUAAGCAUCGUUGCCAGUGCGCCAAGCAAUGGAACAAAAAAGACGGAAGCGAGUCUCUACGAUCAACGCUAGAACCUCCAGAAGGAUCGACGCUUCUUUCAAACGAGAUUCGAAUCCAAGAGACCAUGGCGGCAACGGCGGCUCAAGAAAACAUCAACAUUUUGCGCGACAGAGCUUCGGCCGACGACCUGUUGGAGAGAGCCAAUCACUCACACUUGGAAUACUACCAAGCUACCGCGUUGGCUCUGCGGCGCCUCUUCCAGCCGCAAGAACAUCAACGAGCGACGCCGCAAACCCCCACCUCAGCCAAUCACAUGCUGCGAUCGGACAACGACGACAGCAACCUCCACGGUAUUUUAGCCCGAUUGCGAGCCGACAUCAUUCACCCACCAUCUACCGACGGCAAUGACGACACCGUCGUUCCCGGACUUUGGACCACCAACCAACACCUCCCUCAAGGUACCCGACUGUCUGACAAACUCAAUGUUUCUCAAAAAGCCAUAUGGAAUAUUGCCAACGCUUACUUCGAGGAAUUCCGGCGCUUCAAAGAUGGACAAGGGCCGAAACCGAAACCCUUCCAUCUACUCGUGCACGGAGGACCCGGCACUGGAAAAUCAUUCCUUGCCGAGUGCAUUCAAGAAGCAGCUGCAGCGCUGCAGUUCACGGUGGCCUGCGUCGCUCCCACUGGCAUCGCGGCCAGCAAUCUACCAAACGGAAGAACGAUGCACAACUUCGCUUCGAUUCCAAUUUUUCACGACAGUCGGAGCUUUCUGCCGAAACUGAACGCCAUGAAAUUGGCCAACAUUCAAGAGCGAGCGCAACAUGAAACAAUGGUGUGCAAAAUCAUCGACGAGAUUUCCUUCGUCGGACCAGAACUCUUCGCCCAAGAUGACUGUCGCAUGCAACAAAUGAUGGGCGACAACCAUCCUUUCGGCGACGUAGCCAUCAUCAUCAUGGGAGAUUUUAACCAACUCCCACCAGUAGCGCCAGCCGAAUCGUUGUACGCCGCCCUUCUUAAGUACGUCAGCACUCAAGCUCCCGCAAAUACUCACACUGCAUCGACCGGGCCAAGCACGCGAGGCGCUCAAUUGUUCAGUCAAUUCCGCAAAAUUGAAUUGACUCAACAAAUGCGAGCGCAAAACGAUCAAGAACACAUCGAAUUUCUCAACAAACUCAGAUCCGCAUCCAGCGAUCCUAGAACAAGAUCAAUGGACACCAUCAAUCGUUUGAAAGUCAUUACCAGAAAUGAUAUUGCGCAAGACCCAACUUGGAUGAAGGCCCCUAUCGUGGUAACCAGCAACGAAGAGCGCUACCGCAUCAACGAACACCAAUUGCUGAUGCUGGCACAACAGCAAAAUUGUCCACGACUCGUCUGGUUUCAACCCAUCAUCGGCAUCGUUGCCAACGGCUUGAACCAGACUCAAACGAAUUACCUAUACGCCACGUCACCACAGUUCAAAGGUAUCUUUGUGACCGGCGCUCCUGGUUUCCUGAUGUCCAACAUAAACCCCAGGAGAGGACUAACCAACGGGACUCCAGUCACCUUUCACUCCUUAGUGCUCGAUCCCAGAGAAGAUCGCCAACGACUCGUGGCCGCCAUCACCGAAGGAAACAACGACGACGUCAUUCUACAAUACAAUCCCACGCAGGUCUUGGUGAAAAUCACACACGCCGAUCCCAACGACUUCAUCGGUCUCACCGCAGUGGAAGGAGAAGCCGUCAUCCCUCUAUCGCAAACACACACAAGCAAACCAUUCGCUAUCACCGUCCUGGGGAAACUCAACAAAAUCAAACUGCAAACAAUUUCACACGGCGUUGACUGGGGAUUUUCCGUCACUCUCUAUAAGAUACAAGGGCAAACCUGCUCCAAAUUAAUCGUCGACCUCAAUCAUAGACCCUUCAUGCCGCAAAUCACUUUCCCAGGAUUCUACGUGGCUGUCUCUCGCGUUCGACGAGCUCAAGAUCUCCGCAUCAUGCCUCUUCAACCCAGUAGCUACAAUUUAAAGUUCCUCAACGGGCUACAACCAUCCAAAAAACUCAUCACUUGGAUGAAAGGUUACAAUGCGCACGGAGAUUGGGAUGCCAGACUCAUACCCUCUGAACUGCUCGACACGCCACUGACUGCAAAACGCAAAAAAAAGGAUACACCAACAACAAAACCUCCCUCAAAAAGCACCAAAACUAAAAAGGCGCCAGCACCACCGAAAAAAACGAAAACGCACGACACAAUCAACGUAGGCGCCUCUACUUCCAGUCAACCAACAGCCCCAUUACCGCACACUUCUACCUCGUCUUCAAUUGAAAUGGAAUUUCCUACCCUGAGAUGUGAAACAAUUUCAGAAAUCAACGAAGACAAUACUUCCCUUUUUCGAGUCAUCAUCACCAGACCUAUUGCACGCAGGGAAUCGACUACAACAUCAUCAUCAUCUUCACUUUACAGUACAUUCAACAUCAGACAUCUGUCUUCAGUAGAAUGCCUAUUUCUCUUUAUUUUCAUUCUAUGUAUUCUGGCUCUCAUUGGAAUGUUUAUCUACUUCAACUAAUUAAACACUGUACUGUACCAAUUCAAAACUCAUAUUAAUAACGCUCACUAUUGUAUGUAUUAACAAGUUUUCGUCACAUAAAAUAAAUCAAUAAACCAUUUGAA